CCUUUUGGUGGCCAGAAAACUUUUUUUCUGAAAUCUCCAAAUCCAAAUCCAAAUCUCUGUUGUGAGUGAGAGUACUAAGAGUUGGAGCCUCUCCCAGAUUGGCGCUGGAUGAGUUGGGAGUGAGUUAUUUUUUGUCUUGUUGUCAACUACAACAGGGAGGUGCAUGAGAAUGAUCAUUUGAUAAUUCAAUUUCAACUACAGGUCGUUUUUCGGUGUUUUAAAUUUAAUGAUGCUUGCAUCACUUUAGCUUUAUUCUCGUUGCAUCUUAUCCUCCUUGUUACUUGACCGAAAUUUUCACUUCGCUAUCGCUUUACAUGAUUUGAUGUCUUGAGGAUGUACUCUGUCUUCCUGGCACGUAAUAAGUACUCUAUCAAAGAGACUAUGAUGUGGACGUCGGUUCACGUAGUUGAUUUACUAGAGGUUGCAUGGGUGUGAGAGAACCGAGUGAAUUUGAUGCAUCGAAUAUUAAUAUCAUGAGGGCUAGGGCCCGAGUAACUAGAAUAUGAUCAGUGACUGCGGCACCGCCGAUGAACAUUGACUAAUAAAAGAAGGCACUUUCCUCGCUUUCGCAUGGUGCUACCUGCCCAGAUGUCUCCUAGAUCUAUCACGCGCCAAGCAGUCGCUGUUACAAAUACUUUUCGCCCGAUGACGAAGAUGAAACCGACAGUCUGAACUACGACGCCAGUGCUUUGAGGACCAUCUUGAAAGCUGGCAACGGGAUUAGAGGAUGAAGACGAUCAACAAAACUACGGAGUCGGCUGGAGCUUCGUGGAGUGUCAACUUUUCAUUUGUGGAAGUGCUACUUUCAAUCCGGGUACAACAGGACCAACGACCGCCGUCACUUCUUUUAAGGCUACAACCGCCAAAGCAUCCUCGGCGUGAAUCAUCGACCUCGGCCUCUUUAUCAACGGGAAAAAGGGUCCAGCGGAGAUGCUCGCGAGAAUGCGGCUGCGGGGGCUCUAAUUCUUGGGCAGAGAAUGAAGACUUCCUGUGGCAUUCCGUUAUCAAUGCCGCGCAUCGAUUCAACAAUAUGGAGCGAAAAUUUAUGUGUGCUGGCCCAGUGAAACACACUCUUUCAAAGGAUCUCCAUUUGCGGCACUGGCUAGGAUUGUAUCGCAGAAGGGAGAAAAGUGGAGACGACCGUGUCUGGUUCGGGUUCGAGGCGACUACUACAUCCCCAAGUGCCUCCAAUACAGCUUCUAGUGUAGCCGCAGCCGGCACAACUGGAACUACUGCUGGCUCGGGAGGUGGAUCGUCCAUGUCCAGCAACACUGUGGCUUGCAUGGAUGCUCGUUCGAGAUUGCAAGAUCCAAAAUCUUCAUCGGAGUCCCUUCCUUGGGCUCGGACUCGGUACGAACCGGAUAAUCGGGAGGAUGGCACCAUCGACAUCGAGAAACUCAGUUAUCCGAGAGCUCGAAACUGUCACGACUGUAGCUACGCGAUGCAGAAGCAAGAGGACGCCGAAAUUUUGUGGUACGACACUGAUUGA